AUGCCGACUACUUCUACGUCGUGCAGGAUGGGAGCUUCGACGUCUACGUCUCCGCGGAGGACGACAGCGGGGCCGUCGGCGAGUCCAAGGUGGUGUCCACGGUUGGCAAAGGCGGAAGCUUCGGAGAGCUGGCUCUGCUCUACUUCGUGCCGAGGGCUGCCACCGUCAAGGCGAAGGAUAAAGGAACGGUUUGGAUCAUCGACCGUACGAGUUUCAAGGACCAGCUAUGUGUCCGACCAGAAGAUCGAGGAGUACAAGAAGUACAUAGAGAACGUCGCGAUCCUGCAGGCGCUGCUCGCCGCAGAGAAGGAGGUGGUCGCGAAGGCCCUCGUGGAGAUGCACUUCCGCAAAGGCCAGCCAGUGGGCAACACCUUCUACAUUCUGUACGAGGGCUCCGUUGACAUCGUCAAGGAACCAGGGGAGGAGGCUAACAUCGGGCGCCACAUUAUCACUAACAGCGACCAGUGCAUGGAGAAGAUCAAUGAGGUCAGUCGCCUGGUAAGUACGAAUGAAAGGACUGUGCACAUUGACCAAGCCCGCGACGAGGUGGUACUCCCAUCAUCGCCCCUGUCCGCGCGCGCUAGCGACAUUGCUAAGCUGGACUUCUGCAAGACAGCGCCAGGCAACCUCGACAUGCCUGAGGGCGUCGUCAACCUCGUGGAGCACUCUGACCGCGACCCUGAUUUCAGGGGAGCCAUCGCGCUGACCUUGGACCGCGCGUGCCGCGUCAACUGCCCAGGCACGUUUGCGACCUGGGGCGGCAGCGUCGACGCGCAGGCAGUUGGGAGGCAUAAUGCCAUCAGGCACAGGUCGGCGCAGAAGUUCCCGAAGGGCGAUGUCGAGGCCAGGCUGGGGGCCUGUGCCGAUGGUGACGAGUAG